AUGUCAGCUCUUUAUAAUGAUACAGAUUCAGAUUCUGACGAUGCUGUUUCAAACUCUUGUCACUGGGUGUCUGAUGAUUAUUCCAAAUCCAUGGAUGAACUGAAAAAAUUCCGAAAACUUUGGUGGGAUCAAGGGCUCCUCCAUCCAAAGGCUAAAUGGACUCAUGUUGAGCCCCCAUAUGUGCUCGUAGAAGGUGUGACUUUAGAAGAAUACGAACGCCGUGGUGACUUAUUUAAUAUUCAUGGACUUUGGGAGUGGUCCAAUGGCACAGUCACAAUCAUUGAAUUUCCAUCAACACAACAUGAAAUUUGUGUUGGUUCAAUUACUAGAGUAUUAUUAUACCAAUGCAGUGCUGUUGCUUUUACUGAUGCUGAAAUUUAUGGCCUUGGAUCAGCUCAAACUCGUGCCGACAGUUCUGGAAAAGAAGCUGAUGCUUCAUUUAGACCAGAAAAAAUAGCAGCAAUUCCACCGAAUGGGAGUGAUGGAAAUGCAUUCGCAUAUUCCGAGAAAGUAAAACAUGUUAUGGAUAAAGUACAGGCUUAUUGGCUAUACAGAGAUCGUGUUCAUGAUGUAAUUGUGGUUAAAAUUGAUCCAGUUCCUGAAGGCCAAAUUCCCUCACGCAUGAGAGCAUGGCAUUUUUGCAUCUCAAGCGGUAGGUUACCAAAUGGAACUAUCCUGGCUAAAUCUAUGUUCGAGUUCGGCACACAAGACAAGUUUGGUAAUGCAUUGAAUAUACAGCAAGGUACAUGUAUUAUCAACAUUCAGUUAGACUGCUUGUACCGUGAUUUACUCCCCAAUAUCCAAAUACCUAGAAACAUUCUUUCUGAUCCUAUCGAAUUGGAUUUUUUCUUUGUUCAAAAAGCGAUUCUCAAAAUAGUUUAA